UCUCGCGUCAGUCGGCUGCCGGAUUUCGUGGCGCGUGUUCUUCGUGCCGUGAGGACAGAAUCGGCUUCGUUCUCGAAGCCGGGUCAUUGACGGUCUGCGAACAAUUGCGCGCAUGUUUUCCGAGUAACCGAUUUAUCUCGGCACGAUCGUCUGUCCGAUCAGCUAGCUGUUACUCGCGAUCUCUUUUUUGAGAGACAAAAAUUGCGAGAAAAAAUAAAAACUCACUCUGACUUUGUAUUAAAAAAAAAAAAAAACGUGCUCCCAUUGGUAAUCAAUCGGCAUCGGAGAAACCGGUCUCUUUAUAUUCGUCUCUCUUUCUCUCUCUCCCUCUUCCCUAUUGUGCUCCGAUUCGCUUUUGAAUCGGUGUUGGAUCGAGGGAGGGUUUCAUUCAACGCGCGAUUCUUCCGUGACUUCCUGCGUUUUGUCGUCGUCGCGUCGUCGUCGUCGUCGUCGUCCCACUGGUCAGAAAUUUCCCCAAGAUUUUUAUCUGCGAAGUGCCGGGUGAAAUCCUAGCAGUCAGGACUCCCCCGUUCUCUUUUUGGAAGCGGCGCGGGGAAGGGAGGAAAAUAUCUAGACGGUCACAAAAGCGAGCAAGAAGAUGAGAGGGUCGACGACUCUGUUGAUCACUGCCGUCGCGAUGAUUCUGCUGUCGCUGACGGCACGCGACGUCGCGGCGGAGCUGUACACAGCUCUGGCUGACAUGGAGGAAUUGCUGGAAACGGAAGCGGUGCUGAUUGACACGCUGAACGGGUACAUUACGGCGCAGGAGCAACGAUUGGCGACUCUGAGAAGAAACGUGGAGGAUUACGCGAGAGAGCACGAAGAAGCGUCUAAGAACAUUCAACAGUAUCUGUCGAAUCCAAUAAACGCUUAUCUGCUGGUGAAGCGGUUGACCACCGACUGGAAAAAGGUCGAGGAGCUGAUAACCGAAGACGUUGGCAAGUCUUUCGUCGCGAACAUCACGAAUUCCAGGAGCGAUUUGAAAUUCCCGACCGACGAGGAUCUCAACGGCGCCGCAGUCGCUUUGAUGAGGCUACAGGACACGUAUAAGCUUGAAACCGCGCAUGUUGCGAGGGGCGUCCUGAAUGGGGUGCAAUACAGCACCGGAUUGAGCGCGAGCGAUUGCUUCGAGUUGGGACGGCAAUCUUAUCACAAUCGUGAUUACUAUCACACGGUGCUGUGGAUGCAAGAGGCCAUGGAUCGUCUGCAGGAGGAACAAAACUCCACCACCACGUCCAAGCCCGACAUACUGGAAUAUUUGGCGUUUUCGACAUACAUGCAAGGUAACGUCGCCCGCGCUUUGAGCAUGACGAACGAGCUGCUCGAGCUGGUGCCCACACACGAAAGAGCCCUGGGCAAUCGGGCGUAUUACCAGAAGGAGAUUCAAAGCAAGGCCAGUCAGUCAAAGAAGAAACGAGGUGAGGACGGGCAGGACGAUACUGCGAUUCCCGAACAGAACUUCACUGUCGCGGAGGAAAGGGUGAAAACGUGGGACGAAAUGACGGAGAGGGAGAGGUACGAAAUGCUUUGUCGCGGCGAGGUAUCUAUUCCGCCGGAGGUUGAGAAGAAUCUCAAGUGUCGUUACGUCGACCGUGGAAUUCCCUUCCUGAAGAUUGCGCCGUUCAAAGAAGAGGAGGCGUAUCUAGAUCCGAGGAUAGUUGUUUAUCACAACGUGAUCUACGACGAGGAGAUCGAGACGAUCAAGCGAAUGGCUCAGCCGCGGUUUAAACGCGCGACGGUGCAGAACUACAAGACUGGUGCCUUAGAGAUAGCGAAUUAUCGUAUAAGCAAGAGCGCAUGGCUGCAGGAACACGAGCACAAGCACGUAGCGGCGGUGAGCAAACGCGUGGAACACAUGACGAGCUUGUCCGUCGAAACCGCCGAGGAACUUCAGGUUGUCAAUUACGGCAUCGGCGGUCAUUACGAGCCGCACUUCGACUUUGCCAGGAAAGAAGAGACGAACGCGUUCAAGAGCCUGGGGACCGGCAACAGAAUCGCGACGGUUUUGUAUUACAUGAGCGAUGUCGAGCAAGGAGGCGGCACCGUAUUCACUGCCAUCAACAUUUCGCUCUGGCCGAAGAAAGGUAGCGCGGCGUUUUGGUAUAAUCUCAAACCUAAUGGCGAGGGUGAUUUCAAAACCAGACACGCGGCUUGUCCCGUACUUACAGGAUCGAAGUGGGUUGCAAACAAGUGGCUGCACGAAAGAGGUCAAGAGUUUCUCAGACCCUGCACGUUGGAAAAUCAAGCUACAGACGAGGUGGACGUCAGGCACUGAGGACAAACUUUGACUUCGUGACUGUACGACGAGAGAUAAAUAAAAAGAAGCGCGUAGACUAAGAAACUUCCAAAUAUCUGUUCUGAAUAAAGGAAGACAUUGUUACUCUCGAAGCGGGGCAACUCUUCGUCAAGAUAGAUGGAUUUCUCCGUAAAGCGAGUAUUUAAGAACAAAUAUGAGAAACGUUUCGGUCCGCGUAUCGCAAAAAGCGACAAUGCAAUUUAGCAUGUAAGACAAGUAAGCCGCGCGAGAUCGCUGCUCACAUUUUCGAGACUGUCACUGACACAGUUUGCGUAAUUUAACAUCCAUACCGCAUACGACGAUCUUUCUUGCCCGUUCACUGUGUGGAACACGAUCCCUCGCAUUUUACGACAGCGAUUAAUGUUACCUUAAUCUUCGAGAUAUCGCCUGCUCCUUCUUCCUCUUCCCGAGCCGCAAGCGAAAACCGGUGAAAAGCAGCGCGGAGACUAUCCAAACAAGAUUAAUCGGUCGCUUUGUUUCUCGUGCGCUUUUCCCUUUGAAACGUCCCGCCCCGUAAAGCGAAAAAGAGAGAGAGAGAAAGCGAGAGCGGUACAGAAACUGUACGAAGCGCGAAUCACGGCGACUGCGCUAACAAAGUUGCCUUUUAUACAACGUGGAUGUUCGCAUAUGUUUUGUUUUUUUUUUUAGUCUUUUUUAGUCUGAUUCAGCGCUCGUCAUCUUGCAACUCGCGUUUAUGGCAAUUGUAACAUAGAAGUGUUUGCUGCGUGCGCGCGUUUCCAUGAAUAUAAAAGUGGAAAAUGAAAAGAACGUUUUAACAACGCCGUAACUUUUGUUUAAACGAAAUAAAUUAAGAAGAGAAAAAAAAACAAAUAAACAGAAAACGGAACGCGUGCUGUUUUACCGGUUUGUUGCGUCCGGAGUGUUUUCGCCGUUUGAACGAAGGGUUUUUCCGCACGGGUCGAGGACAAGAUCCGCUUCGCCCGUUUGUUAACACGUACCGUUAAUUGUUUCUAUGAUGAGAGUAGCCGAUUACGCUAAGAUCAUUUAUUACUAUUGUCACGUCAUAGCCAAAGCGAUAAUAAAAUUGUGCGCAUGUUUUGGCCAGUCUCUUUUUAUCGUAGAUUAUAGCGUAUGAUGUAGAGAAACAGCGAAGAAAAACUCGAUGUAUAAUCAUAUUUAGUCUGUAGAUUAAUUGUAAUUUUUUGAGCGCGAGUGUUGUCAGAGAACGACGCUCCUCCUCAAGGAGAUUCGCAUCCCAGGGGUUCGACAUUAUCGUGCAAAUAACAAAACACAAUAACUAUCAUCAUCGGGAUACUCCGAAUACGAGAAUUUCUCCUCACUCGCGACGAAAUCGGUUUUUUCGUCGUCUGUAAAUAAUAUGGCGCGGCACGUCAUGUUUCCAUGCCGUUUUCGAUCUUAACCGAUCGGACUCGCGCUGGCUGUAUACGAAUUGUUUGUAAAAAGAAAGAUGCUGCCCCCACGGUAAGACCGCGCUUAUUUUAUGGCAGUAUGAUAUGUUACGCAUGUACGAGGAACACACAAGUUGAGAGCGUCGAGAUAUCCCGAGAUAACCGUGGAGACUGUGGAGAAACAUUUGUUUUCUCUCUCGGCCGAAACUUCGAAUUGACGAACGUGAACGCGAAGACUGGAUUAUCAGUCAAUCGAUUACAAUACACAGCUGACACACAAAUAUAUAUUCCGAACUCGUACCGUAUCUUUUUUAUAUCACGCGAGUAAUUUCGUCGAUUAAGAAGCAUGUAUACAUCCCCCGUUAUUGUAGAUAAUGAAUUUAUCGUGCUAGACAUUACAACUUUGCUAUUUUAUCUAACUUAUGCCGCACGUUAAGGAAUCUAUUCACGGAUCUCUGCAAGACGUUUGGGGACCGGGUGCGACACAAAUGUUUCAUUAUGGUACUUUCAAAGAAUAUUUAAUAUUUAAUAUAACGAAUAAUAUUGUUAUCUUAAAGUAUUUUAAAGACGGAAGUUUCUUCUGUUGGCAAAAAAUCUCACUUUUUGUUGUAUCAUUAGUUACACAGUGAAUUGCUAGGAAAAAAAAGUCCAUACAAAUUCGAUAUCUGAUUUACGUAUUUAAUUGAUGUACGAUCACAUCUGAAAGCGUAUUCAAUCUCAUUUAUUACAUCAUUACAUAUAAAUUAUAUAUACAGUCUGACACAAUGACCAGAUAUCGAAUUUGUUCACGAAUGAAGGAACUUUUUCUUCCCUCCCCCCGAGGUGUCAUUCAAAGCCUUUAUUUACACACAUACAAAUCUUGGUGCACAAACUUUACUAACGACCAAGUCUGAUGUAAUUGUGAGAACGUUUUGAGUUCAGUGAAUAAACCCCUUACAAUCCAUCGAUAUGUACAAAUUGCGAUUAAAAAGACCUGUCAUGUUCCAGUAAGUUCUAUUGAUUUACUGAGCAACUUUUUCUCGUACAUACUUUUAUAUUUAAAUAUCAUAAUCCAUGUGAAAAUACAUAGAAAAAAAAAAAAAAAAUACAUUAUUUAAUUUGUUAUAAAUUCUCAUUUCAAAAAGUUCGUUUUUAAUAUGAUAUAUAAAAAUAAAAUAACGCGCGAAUGACUGAUAUUUAUAAUAUUCUAAUUGUGAU